GCUUGAUAGGUGGAAAUUCUUCGUAUUUGGUGCUCGAAUAUUUCAGCCAUAUGGACUGUCCUUGAAAUGUUCUAGAGGAGCACAGAUAAAUGUUUACAGAUUUUCUGCGCGGUAAUUCAGUCUUCAGCGGUAUGUUUAGGGAGUGUGUAAGUAGGAAAUUGAGGUGAUUUAAGAAACAUGUCCGGUCCCAAAGAAUUUGCUAUGGCAUUUUUCAGGAUAUCUUCUUAGAUGGAUAGUUUUGUAUAUGAAAAUGUUAGAUAGGGUAAAGGUACAUCAUACUCAUCUGUCAAUCAGGACACGCUUUUUUCUGACUAAAAUGCUCUAGGGUAAAAAAUUUCAAAAUACCUAGUAACUGAAGGUAAUGUGGUGCGAAUACAUUGGGACUUGUUAUUAUCUUUUCAUAAGGUAUCACAUUGUACAAAGCACUUGGUAUUCAUGUCCUAACUGAUCAUAUUGCUGCUAAUGGUCUCAAAUUUCUUCCUCAUACUGCUUACCCAAACCAAUUUCGAUUUUCGUUAUGUAUUUUAACUAAAUUUUUACAUGGCUGAUAUAUAUUUCAAUCUGAUCCUGGCAUAUGUUUAUGGUGUAUUAGUUGUCAUACCUCCAGUAGUUUCAUCCGAAGGAGAUCGGGCUUACGUGUUCUAUAAAUGUAAUAGAAAGUGCUUGAGGGAAAUAUGCGAAUCUUCCUUGUCAAACAGACAAAACAUUUGGGAUGAACACUUUAAUUCUUCUGGAGCUGUAAUCUUCGAGAAUUCAGUUCUUUGGGAUUGUAGAUCUGAGUGCAAAUACCGUUGCAUGUGGAAAACUGUUUCUGCAUUUGAAAAAGAUGGUUUACCUGUCCCUCAAUUUAAUGGAAAGUGGCCAUUCAUUCGUUUCUGUGGUGUACAAGAACCAGCAUCUGCCAUAUUUUCCCUGCUAAACUUUUUGUUUAUUUGUCAUAUGUUCAUUCAAUUCUACACAUAUGUUCCAUACAAUUCCCCUAUGUAUAAAAGUUGGGUUGUACAAACUAUGUUCUCUAUGAACGCAUGGAUUUGGUCAACAAUAUUUCACACUAGAGACACAUCAUUUACUGAAAAAAUGGAUUAUUUUAGUGCACUUGCAUUUGUUGUUACAUCUGUUAUGGUUUUACAUCGAAGAAUAUUCAAUCCUAAUCGACUUUAUACUAUCCUAUUUUCUGCUGUUUUAACAGCUUUUUUUGUAAAUCAUGUAAAUUAUAUGAUUUUCAUUAAAUUUGACUAUAACUAUAACUUAACUGUCAAUAUGUUAUUCGGUGUAAUCAACUGUUUCGGCUGGUUGUUUUUCUCCAUUUGCCUCUGUGAUUAUAGAAGACAACCAUAUAUUUUAUAUUGCUGGUUGUCAGUUACAUCACUUUCGGUUUUUAUGCUGUUAGAAUUAUGUGAUUUUGUACCAAUCGGUUGGAUAUUCGAUUCACAUGCCUUAUGGCAUGCUUCUUCCAUACUAGUAAUUAUUCCAUGGUAUAAAUUUAUAAUUGCUGAUUGCCUUUAUCUACUGAAACAAGCUUCUCCAUGAAGGUAGAGUAAAAGUCAAGUAACCAGCUGUUUAGGCAAUAAGUAUUAAUCAUGAACUACAAUAAUUCUCUAACAUCAUUUCGAUUGUUCUACGUUUAUUUUUGUUUCAGAAUUCAUUUAAAAUAUAUGAUUUCGUAUUUCAA